GUGAAUAUUCGAGCAACCCCUCUCUCCUCUUAAAACUUCUGUCUCUCUUCCACCAUCUCUCCCCCUCUAGACCGCCACCACCACCCGCACACCAGUCCACCACCGUCUUCCCCACGUGAUAUUAUUCCCCAGCAUAACCAAUAGACUCACAAUUAUACACACGCAUGCAUACCUAUACUAUUACCGCUGCUACAAAUUACAGCAAAUGACUUCCCUUUCUCUCUCUCUCUAAAGAGCAAAACAACAGCAGCUACAGAGACACACAUCACACAUGUCAGUGUCGUGUGGCGUGGAGUGCGUGGUGGUGCUCGGCUGCCUGCGGUGGGCGUGGAAGCGGUGCACCUACGUCGGCUCCUACGACAGCGCCGCGUGGCCGCCCGCCUCCGCCGACGAGUUCGAACCCGUCCCGCGAAUCUGCCGCAUAAUCCUCGCCGUCUACGAAGAGGACCUGCGAAAUCCCCAAUUUGCCCCCAAAGGCGGCUACAAGCUUAAUCCAGAUUGGGUUGUUAAGCGCGUGACGUACGAGCAGACUCGGGGCAACGCGCCGCCGUAUUUGAUUUACGUUGAUCACGACCACCGUGAGAUUGUGCUUGCUAUACGGGGACUCAAUAUGGCGAAAGAGAGCGAUUACAAGCUCCUGCUUGAUAAUCGAUUAGGUAUACAGAUGUUUGACGGAGGAUAUGUUCACCGCGGGCUACUGAGGUCGGCGAUCUGGAUUUUGAACGAGGAAUCUGAGACUCUCCGGCGACUCUGGGUUGAAAAUGGGUCGUCAUACGAUAUGGUUUUUGCGGGCCACUCAUUGGGCGCUGGUGUUGCAGCGUUGUUGACGGUGAUUGUGGUGAACCACUGCGACCAGCUCGGCGGAAUUCCAAGAAAUAAAAUAGGAUGUUACGCCGUGGCCCCAGCAAGGUGUAUGUCACUCAAUUUGGCGGUGAAGUAUGCUGAUGUUAUAUAUUCCGUGGUGUUGCAGGAUGAUUUCUUACCAAGAACGGCAACCCCUUUAGAGGAUAUAUUUAGAUCGAUCUUCUGUUUGCCCUGCUUACUAUUUGGGAUUUGCUUGAGGGAUACCUUCAUACCAGAAGGUAGGAAGCUUAGUGAUCCUAGAAGACUAUACGCCCCUGGAAGAAUGUAUCAUAUUGUAGAGAGAAAAUUUUGCCGAUGUGGUAGAUAUCCUCCAGAGGUUAGAACUGCCAUCCCAGUAGAUGGAAGAUUUGAACACAUUGUCUUGUCGUGCAAUGCUACAUCAGAUCAUGCAAUUAUAUGGAUAGAAAGAGAAGCGGAGAAGGCUCUAGAUACGAUGAGGGAGAAUAAUUCCGAGACCAUAACAACUGCCCCAAAAGUACAAAAACUCGAGAGGCUGAAUACAAUACGAAAAGAACACAAGGAUGCUUUGGAAAGAGCCGUCAGUUUGAAGAUCCCUCAUGCCGUUACCGACUCUGAAGAGGAGCCCUUAAACAGGAAGGAAAACUCCUCGGAAGGUGCCGGCAAGGAUGCCGAGUCUUGCAAAAGUGAGAGGAAACCUAAGUCGCCACCCCGUAGUGGAAGAACCAACUGGGAUACAGUGCUUGAGCUUUUCAAGAGAAAUGAGUCAGGGGAACUCCUAUUGGAGAAAGACAGAAGUACUCACCGAUAACAACUGUUUUGCAAUGGUAAAUCGUUCUGUUGGGGAUAUAGUUUAUAGAGGUUAGAUCUUGAAGAGAGUUUCGCUCUUGUUUUGUUUUCUCGGUGUCAAUUCUUUGAAUGGUAUAGUUUUUGCAUUAUCUUGUUAAAAGCAUAGGCUGAGUUGAGGUCAACCCUGGGUGGGGGGUUUACUGCCCAUGAGGAGGGGUAGUUUUUGUAUAUUAAGUAAUAGAGAAACCACAGAAGAUGUUGCUUUUGUUCAAGGCUGGGUUGGUGCCAGCACCGUGCUGUCUCCCUCGAACGCGGUCUUGUUCCGAUGAUCGGAAAUGUUCACUUCGUAGAGCACCAACCCCAACUCCCGUUGUUCAAAGACUAUUAAUCUGUUUUGUAAUAAUGUGUAGAUUGUUUGAUUUGAUUGCCGGUGUAUUAGUUUGUGCAUGGAAAACAGAAGCACUUCCCCUCCCAUGCAGAGGGUUAGUUUUGCCCGCCUAAAA